AUGCUUUUCUUCAGCUUCUUUAAGACCCUUACCAACCAGACCGUUACCAUCGAGCUUAAAAAUGACAUCCGCAUUCGUGGAAUCCUCAAGUCGGUCGACCAGUACCUGAACAUCAAGCUGGACGAUGUGGAAGUUUUGGACCUGGACAAGUACCCUCACUUGUCAUCGGUGAAGAACAUGUUCAUCCGUGGUAGUGUGGUGCGCUAUGUGAUGUUGCCUCGGUCGGAGGUUGACGUGGGGUUGUUGGAGGAUGCGACACGGCGGGAGGCUGCCAACCAGGCUGGCAAGGCUCGGUAA